UAGGCCUUCACUUUCCGAAGAGCCCGAGGAGGAGCGGCCUGGUCCCGGUCUGCGGAGAGCGAUGCCGCUUCCCGAUACCAUGUUCUGCGCGCAGCAGAUCCACAUUCCCUCGGAACUGCCGGACAUCCUGAAGCAGUUCACCAAGGCUGCGAUCCGCACCCAGCCCGCCGACGUGCUGCAGUGGUCCGCGGGGUAUUUUUCAGCUCUGUCCAGAGGAGAUCCACUUCCUGUCAAGGACAGAAUCGAGAUGCCCGUGGCCACUCAGAAAACAGACACAGGCCUGACUCAAGGACUCCUGAAAGUUUUGCACAAGCAGUGUAGCCACAAGCGGUAUGUGGAAUUAGCAGAUCUUGAGCAGAAAUGGAAAAAUUUGUGCCUGCCAAUAGAGAACUUCAGAGCGUUGUUGCAAUUGGAUCCUUGCGAAGACAAAAUGGAGUGGAUAAAAUUUUUAGCACUUGGAUGUAGCAUGCUUGGUGGGUCAUUGAACAGUUCGAUGAAGCACCUGUGCGAGAUCCUCACCGCGGACCCCGAGGGCGGGCCUGCCCGCAUCCCGUUUGAGACGUUCUCCUACGUCUACCGUUACUUGUCCACGAUGGACUCGGACAUCCCUGAAGUGGACACGGAAUCCUAUCUCGCCACUUUAAAGGACACUGUAGAAUCUAGAAAGAAUGGCAUGAUAGGACUUUCAGAUUUCUUCGUUCUGACGAGGAAAGUUUAGAAAACCUCGAGAAGAAAACUCAGAAGACAGAGGCCAUUAUUACAGAGAAGAACACUUUUUAAUAUCAAAUAGUGCUUUUUAAAACCUUGGCACCAAAUACAGCUUGUCUUUAACCAUAUAG